CAAUGGGGAGUUUUGUCGGACAAGGGAGAAGCGGUUCGGUUUAAAUAUGCGCUCAUCCAGCCCAGUCGCCUGGCCCCAAUUGACUUUUUCUCCUCAGCUUUAAUCUCUGCUCUUCUGCACUAGUGCUGGUAGCUUUUUGGUUUUCGCAUAUUAAUUGACGCCACCCUUCCAGCCAAUAAUGCCAGUGAACUCACCAAUCGCCAAUGUCGCGAUUCCAGACCAGGACAUCACAUCGUACUUCUUCGAGCAGGCGCAGCGCCGGGUAGACCGGCUGGGCACGCAGGGCUGCACAGAGCCUGCAAUUGUCACCGACGCACAGACCAAAGCGACGCUGUGCUUCUCUGAUAUCAAGCACCAGGCACGGCGAAUCGCUGGAUUUCUCCGGUCGCUUGGGUUCGGCGGGCCGGCUCAGGGCAGUAAUCUACCUGACGGGCUCAACGACGUCGCUGCAGUGCUCGCGCCCAACGACAUUGCAUUCAGCGCCAUCCACUUUGGUACGCUGAUUGCAGGCGGCACAUACAUGGCCGUCAACCCCCAGCAGAGCGUGCAGGCCCUGGCACACCAGCUCAAAGACGUUGACGCGCGUGUUGUGUUCACUACAGCCCACCUGCUCCCGGUUCUGCAGCAGGUGUGUGACGCAGCAGGACUGGACAUUCCCACAUCCAACAUUGUUCUUAUCCAGGGCUGCAGCGACGGAUUCACAACGCUGGACACGGCCAUUGAUGGAGCUGCUGCCAUUGAGUCCCACCGAGUCACCAGUCCAGAAGAGCUUAACCGGGUUGCACUAAUCGUAUACUCGUCGGGAACGACCGGCAAAGCCAAGGGCAUCAUGCUAACGCAUCGCAACAUCGUGUCCAUGUACGUCAUGGUGGGCGGAUACUCUGCGCGCAGCCACGCACAUGGCGACAGCGACUCUGCUGCCAGUGUUCAACCACAGAGCAAUGUUUUGUCAGCCUUGCCGCUGUACUUCCUGUAUGGCCAUUGUGUGCUGUGCUACCAACCGCUGACCAGCGGCGACCUGAUCGUACAAAUGGCUGGGUUUGAGCUCGACCCGUACCUUGCAGCCAUCGACUCAUACAAGAUCAAUCGGCUGAGCCUGACACCGGCAGUUUUAUACGACAUCGCAGCAGGGAUUACAAAGAUGGGUGGCAUUGCACAGUCAGCAGCAACUGGAAACAGGUACGACAUUGGCUCUGUCAAGAUGGUCGGGUGCGGUGGGGCGUCGCUUCCGCAUGCGCUGAAGAAGUCGUACUCGCAGCUCCUCAAUGGGUCGCCGAUUAUCCAGGGCUAUGGCAUGGCCGAGUCGACGUCGAUAAUCGCCGGCAGUUCCUGGGCUACGCCGUGUGAGGGUGCUGUUGGAGUGCUGUAUCCGAACAGCUCAGCCAUGGUCAUUGGCACUGACGGACAGGAAACUGGUGGGUUUGGUGAGCUGUGUGUGAGUGGACCCCAAUGUGAUGCAUGGGUACGUCAAUACUGCCACGUCACCAGUUGCCAGCGGCUUUUUGCGCACAGGCGACUAUGCACGCGUGAGCACCGAUGGCCAUGUGUUUUUGCGUGGACGACUUGCCGACAUAGUGUAUACAGCAGAGGGAGCCGUGGUUCCUACCGAUGUGGAGAAUGCUCUGGCCGACUGCUCGCUGGUCAGGGAUUGCGCUGUCAAGGGCGAGGGCCCGAAGGGUUCGGCGAUGCCCGUCGCCUAUAUCGUGCCCAGGGAGGCUGCUGCUAGCGACAAUACGCUGCAGCAGAUAUCCCAGUGGGCCAAGACGCACACAGGAGUCGCCGUCGAGUGCAGGGCGGUCGAGGCUAUCCCGAAAAGCCCUGCAGGAAAGGUGCUCCGCUAUUUGCUGGGCCAGGCAAGUGCGCAGUAAAGCACCGCCAAGAGAGCUAGAGUUUGAGAACCAACUUUGCUGUCUUGGCUG